AUGCUCCUUGAAGCCAUGUCGAGCGGCAGAUACUACGAUGCUUACACAAACUUCCAUCCAAACCCAUAUGGUUCUCCAGUCUCCCAGGUCAAAAACAUGUCUAAUAUAGGACAAUAUAUAAAUAACCCAGACACCCCAGUUUUCCCAGCUUUUUACAGAACACCCAUGGAUGUUGAGGAAGCUACUACUUUGGCAGGCCAGCCUCUAUAUGACCAAGCUCAGCCCGGUGGUGCAGACUGGCGCAGCAUUUUGCGCGACAUUCAAGAGAAACGUCGGCUACUGCGAGAAAAAGAAAACAUGCGUGACAAGAAGACACUUUAUGAGCAACCGCUUGAAAAUACCAAUCCCACAAUAAAAGAUGAAACAUCUAAAGAUACGGAAAAUAUACAAGGCCCCACUGUGGCAAAACGUGCCAGUGCAGCGCUUUUAAACAAAAUUAAAACCCGGCGGCGUAGUAUAACCUCAGCACAACAAGCAGCCCAAAAGUUUGGCCAGUUCAAGCGUCAGUUCCUCACCUCGCGCUCCUUUUUCCACGAGUACCCAGAAAAUAAUAGAUUUGAGAGUGAUGAGUCCUGGCGCCCUACAGAAGUGUUCCCAGAUUCUCCGGUAGUUCUGAGGCAAACUUAUGAUUCAUCAGUAGUUCUAGGGGCUGCAGCAGCUGCUGUUGCAGAAGCAGGUGCCGAUGUAGCUGCCAUUCCAGCUUACUUCCCAGGCCAACUUAGCAGUGCUCAACUGCGGCGCAAGCGUGAUGAGGCCGAGUCAAAAGCACUUCAUCCGGAAACUUCCAAGUCUGCAUUUUUCGCCAAACCAUUCAAGUCAUGGGACCAUGAGCUUCAGCAGGAGGCGCGUGGGGAGAAAUUCCAGCCACGGCCAGCUGGAGCAGGGCAACAAAUUCUCAAAUCCCAAGAUGAAGAAGAGCAAUUGGCUGUUGAAACACAAAAGGACCAAUACCGUCAUUAUGGAACUCCAGAAAAGGGAUUUUCACCAGAAAAUAAUAAUAAUAAUAAUAAUAAUAAUAAUCAGAAGAAGAAGAAGGUUGGACUAUCGCAUGAAAAACAACGGGAAAUGCAACAACAAAUUCUCAAUUCUAAAGUAUCGCGAUCCCAGCAUAUGCAACAGUACCUUGCCAAUGACUUUGGCGAAGGCACUGAGCGCAUAUUUUUAUUGAUGAAAACUGGGCGUUCGGUUCAAUGGGAACGAUUGCCUACACAUUUCUUUACGACUUUUACGCGGUUCCCCAACUUUGCCAUUUACUCUGAUGCCGCCAGCUCCAUGGCAGGGUAUGAGAUUAUUGACAUUUUACAGGACUUGCCUAUGGAGGUACUAAAGGAUCGACAGCUUGGGUUGUAUGUGGAACAGCAAAAAAUGCGACGAGAUCAUACAUAUGCUGAUGGGAUUCGUAAGGAUGAGAGGCCUUGGAUAAUGGACAAGUUUAAAAAUAUUCCAAUGUUGCAGCACGCGUGGCGACAUGCUCCGGAUAACGAUUGGUAUGUGCUUGUUGACGAUGACACUUACAUUUUAAGUGACAAUCUGGGACAAUGGCUUGCGACAUUAGAUCCCAACAAGCCAUAUUAUCUGGGGUCUGCAGUUGCAGGGUUGCAACACAUUUUUGCACAUGGCGGGUCCGGGAUCAUUUUAUCGCGAGGGGUAAUGGAAAUGGCGUUUGGUCAUGAUAAAACAGAUGAGUGGGUGGACGAGUAUAGCUCUCGUGCAUUACGUGAAUGCUGUGGUGACUACAUGCUUGCUGCGUUUCUUAAGGAAAAGUUAGAUGUUGGACUCAAUUUGUCUGUGAGUGGGAAACGGUUUCAAGGUGAAGAUUUUACCCUGGCAGCUUUUAAUAAGCAAAACUGGUGUUCGGACAUUGUAUCAUUUCAUCAUGUAACACCACGGUCCAUUGAGCUUCUAUGGGAGUAUGAACGAAUCCGAGGGUACGCAGCACAUGCUCGUGCAGGCCACGUUUUCUCACCACAAGAUGGGCUUCAGGCGCACCAAGCUCGAACCAUAUCUUAUGGUGAUUUGUAUACAGAUUUUGUCAAGCCAUAUCUGUUACCGAUGCGUGAUAUGUGGGAUAAUGGAGCAAAGGAAGUUGAAUUUUCUUGGGCGCGAGAUGUUUUAUCUGGUCAUGCAAAUGUGGAUGAUUAUUUAAGAAAUGAUGGCAAUAGUGAUAAGGCUUAUACAUCUGUGGAUAAAUGUAGACAGGCAUGUUUGGCACGAGCAGAUUGUUUAAUGUUUAGAUAUGACCCAUACCAAAAGUAUUGUGGGUUUGCUGCAUCAGUGUCAUUUGGUCAUCCACGUACAUCAUACCAGGAUAACGAGGUGAGACGUCUACUUAAACAACAUGGUAUUGUACAACCUCCACGAACAAAAGACGAUGCCAUGCACUCAGAGUGGCGUUUGGAUCGCAUUGAAGCGAUGCGCACUAAAAUUGCAUGCGAUCCACCACCUGAAAACCAAGAUUAUGAUGAUGGUCGGGAGGGUUGGUACUGGCGAGCUCGUGAACAAUCAUCUGAUUCCUUGUUAGAUCAAUUCAAAUAG